GUGUACAAAGGCCUCGACAUCAUCACCGCGAAAGUAACGAAAGCAGAACAGUCGAUGGUGCCACAUCACAUGCUGAAUAUCGUAGAUCCUCUGAUCCCAAAUUUCACGGUGGUCAAAUUCCGGGAUAUGGUUAUACCCAUUAUCGACGAUCUCCUGGCGAGGAAGAAGCUACCGAUCAUCGUCGGCGGCACCAACUAUUAUAUAGAGUCUGUUCUGUGGCGCGUUCUCAUGGCGAAGGACGAGCAGGUGGAAAGUAGAGAGGGAGAGGAUGAUGUCGAAGACGUGUCGCGUUUGAAAAAAAUGAAGAUCGAAUUGGAUCGAUUCAGCUCGAUAAGCAACGAUCAGUUGUUCAACGAGUUGAUGGAAGUCGACCCGGAAAUGGCCAACAAACUUCAUCCUAACAACAGGAGGAAGAUCAUUCGAUCCCUGGAAGUGUUGAAGCAGCACGGCGUGAGACACUCGGAACUGCUGAAAGCUCAGAGGGCAGCCGGUGGUUGCGGAUUGGGCGGUCCUCUGAGACACCCCAAUUCUGUUCUUUUAUGGCUCCGGUGUGACCAAAAAGUCCUCGAGACGCGGCUGGACAGCAGGGUCGAUGCCAUGGUGGAGACCGGUCUGGUGCAGGAACUGCUUGACUUUCAUCGCAGAUACAACGAGCAACGGAUUAAGUCCAACACGUCAGCCGAUUACACGACGGGCAUCUUUCAGAGCAUCGGCUUCAAGGAGUUUCACGCUUACCUCGUGCUGCCCGAGGAGGAGAGGCGAGAGAAAAAGGGCGAGGAACUAUUGGAAAAGGGUAUUGCUGAUCUAAAACUCGUGACGAAGAAGUACUCGAAAAAGCAAGAACAGUGGAUCAUGAAUCGUAUAAUGCGUCGCAGCGACAGGCAGGUGCCACCGGUUUAUGCACUGGACUGCACCGAUGUAAAUGAAUGGAACAGUUGUGUAUACGAGCCGGCCGUGGAAAUAAUCGAAACUAUACUAAGAGGAGAGAAACCUGAGCAGACGCCUCUGAACGAAACUGUUGAGAAUCACAAAUUUUCCGACGCCAGUAACGAAGAAAGGCACUAUUGCUCUGUAUGCGAGAGAGUGUUCAUUGGCAAUCAUCAAUGGGAUAUUCAUCGUGCUGGUCAGAAACAUAUGAAAGUGCUGAAGAAAAAAAGGAAAUUGGAGCAGCAACAGAAACAGAAACAGAUCGAAGAGAGUCCAUGA